AUGUCCAAACCGCCUUCAUCACGUUAUUGUCUCAUUCAAUAUCGUGAAAUUCCCAGUGAAAUUUGGUAUUGGAUCAUUUCAUAUUCGGAUCAUGAUGAAUUAUGUAAUUUGGAGAAGACUUGUAAAUAUUUUCGGAAUGAAUUGUUAUCCAAUGAAGGCUACAUUCGUCUCAUUGUCAAUAAUUUAAUUUUAAAUGAUGAACAAGAGGAUGAUACAAAGUCUAAACGAAAAACCUCUUCAAUUUUGGAUGAUAUUGAUUCACCACUUUCUUCACCAUCAUCAUACAAUUUUAAUAAUAAUUUUAAUAAGGAAAGGAUGCAAAAUCAAUUUAAAGAAGCCUCCGAAAGGAUUAUUCAUGAAAUUAUGGCAGGACACUCGACACGAUCCAAACAAAUAUUGAAGGAAUAUAUUUUCGAUAGAAUUAUGAAGGAAAAUGUUUCGGAGAAGAGGAGGGAAGAGUUGAUUAAUUAUUUGGUGGUUGAUGAAUUCAAGUUUCAAUCGGUGAGGGAUUUGUAUAUUGCAUGUCAUUUGUAUAAUAUUAAUCCUUUCAUUUCGUGGAAACAAACAAUUCCAUCAACAAGUAAUGAUGAUACCUAUAAUAGAGCUCUUGUGAAUAAUUAUGAGAGAAUUAAGAGUGGGGAUUUGUGUGUUCAUUGGAAAGGAGUGGUCAUACAGAAUAGUCAAAAUCUUCUCACUUGUUAUUUGAUUGAUGAUGAUUUGUUCAAUGUGGAAUUUUCAUGUUUACCAAUUGUAACAUUGACCAAUGUUAGGAAUAUUCAGAAUUUUAAUUAUUUGGAAACCAUAGAGUUUAUUGGCAGAAUUGAUUCAAUUCCCUACACGAAUAGAACCAAUAAUAAGGUCAUUGGAUAUAUUCAGGGAGUUCACUCACUGGUAGAUCAAUUCAGUGGGUUAGUUUCUUACUAUGUGCCAGCCUAUUCUACAGUGGAUCAAUCAUUCAAAAACAAACUUUAUACACUGCUCACAAUUCAAGGAAGUGGAACUCUCAUAAGAAAGGUUUUAUCCAACAGAAUUGAGAAUAGAAAUCUGUCAAUUUCAAAGUACAAACUAUCAUCGAAACACUAUCUAGGAAAUGUUAUCAAGUGGAAUAGUCAAAUAUUAUGGAAGGUCGUUUUCAAUUCUCACAAAUACAUGUUGGUGAGAUCAUUUGAUAGAAAUGACUCUCUGUUGCAUAUUGUUCAUUGUGGAGGUAGUAGUGAAACUCUUCCAACACCUGGUCAGAUAGUUUCACUCAAAGCUACAGCUGUCAAUGAUCGAUUUUUCAUUUUAAAAAGUAUUGAACAGCUAUCAGAAGAAGAGAAUGAUCAAGCCAAUGAAAAUUUAAGAUUCUCCCCAAUUGUUAAAAUAAUUCUAGGAUUAUUUUGGCUAUUUUAUGUUUGCAUUGCAUGGAUUGUUUCUCUAAUAAGUGGAUGGAAAUUAUUUUAA